CCACCUGUACAUCCUUUUGUGAGCGAGACGGUGAAGAAAAACGCCGUCGACACAAAAUCAACCCGGAAUUUGAGGGAAAUUUCGCUUCGUUCAAGAUGGCAUACAAAGGCAGUCGGAUGACUGGCACAAGCCGGGUGUUUCCAUGUCCUGACCCGGAUGCCCCUCCUGUCAUUCCCACCAAGAUCUUCUCGAGCAGCACCAUCGUUGAAAAAAUGAUGCUUAAUUGCAGUGGAUGUUCCACCCUUCCGGAUAUUGUGCACCUUGACCUGUCCAACAGGCGCAUCUCUACCCUUGACCCGGCAGUGUUUUCUCGCAUGAGCAGCCUGGUAGAUCUGAACCUGACCAACAAUCGCCUGACUGGUUUCCCUCUCUCACUGGGACUGCGUCACCUCAAGAAGCUCAACUGUAACACCAACCUGCUCAAGUCUGUCCAUACCCUGGAGCAGUUCCCUAGUGUAGAGGAGCUUCACAUCGAGAACAACGAGCUCACUGUUGCUGACCAAUAUAUUGCAGUCUACAUGCUUCCCAAGUUGAAGGUGUUGAACGGGAAAGAAGUUGAUCUUCGAGAAACAAUCCUCAAUAUGGAAGAGACACUGCAGGAACAGGUGCAUAUCUUGUGGGCGGAGAGCUGCGCUCCUCUGUUGAAGGACCCAAUGAGCAAGGCAGAAGUCCAGAUGCUGGAACAACAGUUCAUUGAACUUCUCAAGAAUCAAGUUCAGUUUGGACCUGAUGCUCUCACAGAUUUCACUCAUCACAUGCUCACUGUACUGGCUGAGAAGUGUGUUAGGCAGAUGACUGCUCAUCUACGUAAGAUUGCUGAGCCCGGUACACCCAUAUCCAAAGUUCAGAUUGUUGUAAGGAAUGACGCUGGAGGGUCUGCAUCCAAGGCUAUGAGCAAUGGAAGUGCAGCUGCACUGGCUAAAUCUAUGGAGAAACGACAAAACCAAGCACAAUCCAGUGAAGAGCCUGCCCAGAAGAAGGCCAAGGCAGUACAGGGAGGUGCCACCCCUAAGGGCAAGGUCCCUAAAACAUCGGCAAAGAAAAAAAUGAUAGAGGCCCAGAAGAGGCAAGAAGCUGGGGUAGUUGAUGCGGAUAAUGACAACAAACCAGACGUCAAACAAGAAGAAGAGGUGGAUAGUGAGGACGAGGAAAUGGAAAGCCAAGAUUCUAAUCAGGAAUGUGGUAUUGCAUAUGAGCCUGUUCAUCUUUUGAGAUGCCAUUCUGUAGACAACGAUCCAACAGACUGCAAGACCAAUGUAUGGAAAUGUGCUUUCGAACCAAACCCUGAAAUAGAAGGUGCAAGUAAAUGGACGGUUGCAACGUGUGGCAGUAACCAAGUGUGUGUCAUUGACUGCAACUCUGGAAAAGUACUCAAGAAAUAUCAACACACAAGAGAGAAAGAGGAGUUCUACUGCAUAGCGUGGACCAAGCUUAGCGUCAUCAACGAACAGCAACGCAGACCAACCACCGUCCUUGCUGCAGGAGGAGUACGAGGUUCCAUCAAGCUACUCCACACCACCCAGUUACUCUGCUAUGCUGAGAUCAAAUGCGAGAAGAAAGGCAAACCAGUCAAUUGCCUGCUCUUCCAUCCAAAGAGACCCACAUGGCUAUUCUGUGGUUCAGAAGACAUCACCGUUAUCGAUAUUGGCAUUCCUCAAGGAGCAGAUCUCAAGACAAGACACAAGAAACUAUUCACAUUGGAAGCACCAGGUAGAUGUCUUGGUUUGGUUGUCUGCCCCAAGUCUAACUUUUUAAUGGCUGGCUGUGACAAUGGCUGCUAUGGAUGGGAUAUAGAUGUCAAGGGACCAAUGUCCAAGAGAGAAAAAAGCCACAAUGUAGAGUUUCUGUUGCCAAGCAAGGCAAGGCUAAUGGGGGAUGAAGAAGAGGAAAUGGAAGAGGAUAAUGAGAAAGAGGGAGACAUGAUCGAUGGACUUGCUCUCCUUAAAAAUGAUCUCAUUGCAAGCAAAGUGGCCUGUGAUGGCGCUAUUCACGUAUGGAGUCUGUCCAAGUCUCGCAAGCGUCAGGUACCUGGUAGCAAGGAGGUUACGAUCAAUCCUCAUUACACGUUGGAAUGGUGCGACUCAGACAGUGUAUAUCUUGACAUUGGAACGUGGCCUGGAUGCGGAGUAUUGGUCAGUGGUGACGAUCAAGGAGAGGUCUGGGUCUACGAUGUCAGCAAGAAGUUAAAUACAAAGAUCAAGAAGCCAGUCAAACCAAGCCAGCUUCUUCCUUGGCCUGAAAACAAUGAACAAGAGAUGGAGGAGGAAGAGGAACCCAAGGUCAAGGAGAUAUCAGAUCAAGAAGCUGAAGCAAUCCUCAAACAACGGGAAGCGGAAGAGGCAGCCGCCAAGCAACCGGAGGAAGAAUGUAAAACCGAAGAGAAGGCUCAAGAACAAUCUUCCGAUGCCACUGUUGAAAAGCAGGAAACGGCAGAAAGUGCAGUGGCACAAGUUUUAGAGGAAGUGGUUACUCAGGUUGUGGGCAAUGAUGAAAAAGAAGAAGCUGUUGUUGUGCAGGAACCAGCUGAUCAGCAAAAGGAGGAGAAACCAGUCGAUGGACAGGAAAUGGAUGCAGAAACUGCAAAAGAAGCAGUAGAGACAGCACCAAAAGAUGCCAAUGAAGGAGAGGUCGCAGAGGAAAAGGCCAAGGAGGAAGAGGUUGCAGAUUCUUCCAAAGCAGCUGAGAGUGAACAAGAAAAGACUGAAGAAGCAGACAAAGCAGAGGCAACAGAAAACAAUCAAGAUGCUAAGGUGGAGGAAGUAGAAGAGAAGCUGGGAAAUGAGGCAGCAGAACCACAAAAGAGGGGGAGAGGACGACCUAGAAAGUAUGUUUCUUCAGUAGCUCCGAAGGAAAAACCACCGAGUACUCCAUCAGGAACAACAAGAGGAAGGGGUAGACCAAAGAAAACAUCAAUUUCUAAUGAUGGUAAAGACUCUGAAAAUCAAAAAGAUCAGACACCCAGAGCAGCAGCACCCGGGUCAGCAGCUCAGACUGCAAGGGCAAGGAGGGAAGCAAAGAUCCAGGAAGCUGCCAAAAAAGCCAAGUUGGCUCAGAUCAAAGCUGAGAAGAAACUCGAGGAGAAAGCCAGGAAGAAGGCCGAAGCAGAGCAGGCAAAGGCAGAAAAGGCUAAAUUGAAAGCUGAGAAUGCCAAGGCAAGGGCUGAGAUAGCAGAAUUAAGACAAUCCUUGAAAAAGUCCAAAGGGGCUGAAGAGCUUAUCCUGGCUGACUCGGAAGAAAGAAUCAUCGUCAAUGACGUUGCAAUCAGCUCUGACUGUAAAUUCAUUGUCUCUGUUACAAACAAGAACCUGAUUUGUGUGUGGCAGAGAGUAUAAUCAUAACCUGUGUUUUUAUUUAUAGAUACCGACUUACCGUAUUUAGAAUUGAUCCUUAUCUGCAACCCAAGAGGACAAAAUGUUACACACUGCUUUGUAAAUUUUCUUGGAUGCUAGAAUUGUGGCCUUGGUGCAAAACUGACAGAAUACCUAAAUUACUUGUUCUAGUAUGAAUCCUGUUGUAUAGGGCUUAAUGUAGAACUUUGAUCAGGAAUGUUUUAGUAUCAGGACCCUGUUUCAUAAUGGUUGUCAUCAAUUACAAGUUGUCAAAUAACUUGGGUGUUAUUAUUGGUUCGGAACACUCUUACUCAUUCUGUGGAAUCUGUCUUUGUAUUGACAGUUGUCAUUGAUAGCUUUUUUAUGUGAAACAGGGCCCAAUUGUUUUUUUAUCCCAAGGUUACAUUAUGCCCAAGUCCUUAGGUUGAAAUUCUCAAACCUCAUGGUUUGGGGGUUUUAUUCUGUGUUUGAGUUGUAAUGAAGCAAGCUACAUGUACAUGCUAUCUUGUUGGAAUUUUCUGAAACUUCGUCAUGUACAUUCUUUCUUCCUUCACUGUCUUUUUUCACCCCCAGAACACGUGACAUAGCCUCUAAAUUACUGCUUAUGAGCUGAGGCAUGAAGAAUUACAUUUACCUCCCAGUGCUCUAUAGUUUUCACUACCAAGAAAUGAAAAUAAUUAUGAAAUCUUAUCUGGAUGCAGUAUUUUAAUUUUUUUUAUGAAUAUCGGAUGAUUGUGUUAUAGAUGUAAUAUUUUAAAUUUUCUUUCCCAAUAUGGAAACUUUCUGGAAGAACAAGAAUUCCUCAAAUUGAAUAAUGCAUUGAUGAAUUACUUUUCUAAAUUAUAUUUAUUUUCUUCCAGUUUAAAGAUGAAUUAUUACAAUGAAUUUCAAUUAUACUUUGUGUUUAAUUCACUCCAAAGACAAUCAUGAUUUUCCUCAAAACAUCAAUUUGUCUUAUGUCCAUCUAUGCAUGAUGUUUGGUAAACAUGGUAUAUGUUUGCCUAUCAAUGUUUUUUAAUGUGGUUAUUUCAACUUUAAAGCUUUUUUUUUUUAACUGUUAAAAAUUUGCUUUAGAAGUUUAUGAUCAUUUUAUUACCCUUGAAAUAAUUUCAUAGUAAUUGUAAUAUUCGGGCAGUUGAACAGUUACAUGUUGGCACAUUGUUAGAUUGUACAUUUGUUACGCUACCAUUCUCUCUUGUAAUUUCUGCUCAUCAUCUUUCAUCAAAUACUUUCAAUCUUAUCACUUUUAUUGCCCAAGCAGCAGCAAUGUGUUUAUUUUUAGGAGUGUUUGUGGUUGGAGUUUCUAUUUUAUAUUUUUAAGGAAGUAUCAGCGAUUAUUUUCUGGUGUUCAGAUUUUAUACUGGUCAUAGGUUUGCCCGAGAUUGUUAAUGCAAUGUACUUAUGAAAUUAAAUUUUGACAUGAUUUUGUAAUUAUUGGGGAUAUUGACCCUUAAUGAUCUGGACGACAUAACAUUUUUUAAAAAUUCCCGCUGACAAAAUAGUCUGCCAAACCUUCAACUUGGAACCUUAUUGAACCGUGUAUCUUCCUGGAAUCACUCCACACUGUAUAUUAUGUACGACCAUAGGUAAUGCCAAACGCUUCAUAGAUGUAUAUUAGGUUUUUACAUUCCAUAUUCUUGUCAAAACUAUUAAUGGAUAGAGAGAGAUACAGAGAGAGAGAGAGAAAGAAGGGGGGAUUUUCCUUGGAAAAUGAAUAUGUAGCCCUUUAAUUUCUUUGUUUUGUUCCAUUUUUAAAAAACCUUCUGGGGCUUUGAUUGAUUCAAACCACUCUCAACUAUGGGAAGCCAGUGACGACAUAAGUCUUCAUGCCCAUAUCAAAGUGUAAUGCUCUCCAAAAUAUAACAUUGUUGGUUCAUGUUUCCCUGAUUUCACAAAUUGGGUGAACAAAUUCAUACAGACAAUAUGAACGCCUUGGUGAAUUGAAAUAUGUAAGACAACCCUACCCAUUAAUGUUUCAAUCCCUGCGUUGCCAUAUUGAUAGAGUAUAGCCGAAAUUUUUACUCUGUAUUUUGAUUACAAUGCUACACAUUCUUGAGACAAUUGAUGGCAUUGCUGGCUUUUCAUAGAGGAGAUUCAUGUUUGUUAUUGUAUGAGAUGGUGCCCAAAUCAUAUCCUUGAAUUACAUGCCAGAAGUGUUUUGUUGUUUAAGGUGUGACAUUUUGAUGGUAAUUCAUCCCUUUUCUUGUCACGUUUUAUUCGUUUCAUGUAUGCAAUGUUUAGAGUUAAUACUUGAAGGGAAAGUUUCACUGCAAAUAGAACCAUAAUCAUGUAAAGGUUUUAGGAUUCUUUUUUAAUGAAUGUUUCAAGGGGAGAUGUGUUUCUUUUAGGUGUGGUUUUGAUAAGAUUGUAUGUACAACAUUUUUAGAGUAUCUGAUGGCCAUAUCAUGUGCUUGUAAAUAACACAAAAUUGCCUUGGUUGGAUUCAGCUGGUUGGAAUGUUGAUUUAUAUUUUUGUUAUUUAGCUAUCAUGUUGCUCAUCAUUAGAAUGUUUUAAAUCCAUAUGAAGAGUGCAUGUGUUUACCCGUUGAAUAUAUUUGAUGUUUUUUUUUCUUAAAAUCAUUGAGGGGUUUCUUCAGAUUAUGCUGUUUAUGUACUUCCCAUGAUGAUGUUGUAUAUAAAGACUUGAACAUUUAAGUUCAUGUUACAGCAAUUGUAAUUAAAAACACAAAAAUUUUGAAACCUUA